GUCCAUCCUCAUUCUUCUCGCUGGGAAAUGCAAGAAGAAAACAAGUGCUCAUAAUUUACACGAGGCACACAAAACGCUAGAGCGAGAAUAAAGAGUCAUGAAGGAACGACUGUUUAUAGCUGCUGGAAUAUUGUUCACCUCCAGAUGAUUAAAUUUUACUACCCAAUCCACCACGCUUCUUUGUGCAGCUAUGGAGGACCUUCAAGACUCCAGUUUCAGUGUUCCUAGUGCCAUGAGUAUCGCUGAUGAACUGAAGGAUGAUUUCUACUUCAACCUUCUGGAUGACUUCCUUGGAUCUCAGACUGGCGAAUCAUUGGAUUUGGAUGAAAAGCCCUGCACAAACCGGCUUCUGGUGCAAGUUGGCCUAAUGAGAGAGGAUAAUAAUUUUUCAUGGGUGAAUGUAGUGAAAUGGCUUCAGAAGAUUUUUCCAAUGUUUCAGUCUGCAGAUUUUCGAGGUUUGAUUGAAAGAAAUACAGAAACAGCUAUGAGCUUAACUGGAGACUCCAGAGAAAGUUUUUUUGAGUCAAAUGUUAACUUUGAAUUUGUGGGACCUAUAUGUGAUAGCAUUGGCAUUGGCAGAACAGAUUUGCUUGAAAUGUCAGAUUUUUCUGAUCGUGCAAAGUUAACAGAUGUUACUAAUGGUCUGAUACUAGAACUGACUAGCUUUAUCGAAAGAGAAAAAAUUGACCCAGUUGUUCUAGUGUCAUGGCUUUGUAACUUUGACUCUGCCUUCUGCAGUGAUGGUAAAAUCCAUAAAGCAAAUAAACUCCUUCAGGCGAGUCUGAAGAGGUUCAGGAUACAGUGUCGAAAAAAUCAAACAAGAAGAAACAGGAGCAGUGGACUGUACAACGAAUUCCUUCAGAGUCCAUUUGAUCUUUCCCCUGAUCCACUGGAAGACUCCGAAUUCAGGAGGGUGUCGAUAAUCAAAGGGCAUUUGAGAAGAAAACGUCUUUUAUUCCAGAGGAAACAAAAUUUCCAAACCACCAAGAUCAAGGAAGAAAGUGAACCCUUUGAUAUCUCAGACUCACAAGCAGAAUACAAUCAAAAGACUAAUAUUUCACUUGGCUAUAGGAAACACAAACGAAAGCUGGAAUGUGACAAUGACUCAGACCAGGCAUUUAGCCUAAGAAAUGUGAAGAAGGAAGCCGAUUAUCACUGUCAGCCUGUUGAGCCCAUGUGUGACUUGGAAGAUGAGACCCAGGUUGAUACGGGUGAUUGUUUAUCCAUCCUCGAUAUCUCUGUGCUGUCUUUGCAAAAACUAACAGAAAUGUACGGAGGGAGAACUGAUGGUGCUAAUCUGGUGUCUAUGGAUCUACUCAAGAAUCAGUAUGCUCUAAUGUUGAAAGAAGAUCUUGACAUGCAGUCACUAAAUGAAAAGGUCUUGGCCUAUAACUCGACUGAAAACCAACCUGUGGUGCCACCUUUGAAUUUUCUUCAUUGCAACACCCAUUUCCUUCUCAACUUUAUUGAUGCUGUUGAGAAGCAAAUAACGUCAUUUGAAAGAGAAAUUGUGGCCACUACAGGUGAUAAGCUUGGACGUGACAAAAACCCCAAAUUUAAAGGUUUUUUAAACUUUGAAGAGAGUGCUGUCACUCGGUACAUCAACAUGGCUUGUGAAAUCCUGUGUCCAAGAGGAGAAAGCAACAAUAAUUACAGAAGGCACUGGCUUGCCUUUUGCAUUGAGAGGAAUAACCCUUCUAGGCUACCUGUCAAUCAGUCUAAUAGGUUCAUUAACUAUUUUGAGGCAGCAGCCGCACUUAUUCACCAUUACAGUGAUGUUGCACUGUUUGUGUCUGACCUACAGCUACUAAAAGAUGACUCAAAUAUUUUUCUGGAGAGCAUUAAUUCUGAUGCUAGCGAUGAGGCCAUACAGGCUCUCGUCUGUGUGGUGGCUGUUGUGUACUGUAAAGUCUUGGGUCCCUUUUGGCAGCUCCUGAAGAGUGAUGCACAGUAUGUGUUGUUCAGCAAGUACCUUUUCUGCCUUUAUGAGAAGCUUCUAGAGUGGUCCCGAGAUGCGUCUCUUCUCUUGCAACCCGAGGCUGUAACUAAUGUGUUUCUCCAGGUUCCAAUGCAGGAGAAGAACUUUCCUGGGGUAUUUUCUUUCUGCCAUGGAAAUGCAAACAACCAGUAUGGGGCACUAAUGAAGGAAUGCUUACAGAGGAUGAUGAAGGUCAUUGCAGCUGUGCUGGAGGAAAACCUCAAAGACUUCUUACCUGGAGGUUUGUACUGCAAAGAUCCUUCUGGGGAACUUGUGGAACAAUUCGCUAGCUGCACAUUGUCCCAGUUGAUGGGCAAGUACCCCUUUGGUCAUGCAUACUCCUACAACAAAAACAGACCGGAUAAAGCCCAAGUCCAGACCGAGGAUAAUGUGUCCGACGAUUCAGAUGGCAAUGCCACUAUCUUUUCUCCUCAAGGUCCUGCUGUCAAGAAACGUUCAGUUUCAAAGCCUUACAUCAUGUUUGACAGAGCAAAUCUGCGACCGUUGAACAAAAUGAAAAAGAAGACAUUGAACAAGUUGGCUGACAAAAGGCGGCAAAAAGUGAAAAUGCAAGACCAAAAUUACAGGAAAAUGUUAAUUGCUUCAGUCACAAAAAAUGGAGGCCCAUGUAAAACUGUUCAAGAUGUCGAUCAGCUGCUUUUGAGAAUGGAGGGGGCACACCAUGCUCAAAAGCGAGAGGCUAUCCGCUCUGAGUUAAACUACCAAAAGUUUGUCAUUGGUUGUAGAGAUAAACGGCUGAACCGCUUAGGCUUCUCUUUGUCAGACCUGGUCAACAAACUGAAAGCCAUCUUGCCUUGUGAGAACCAGCCCACAGGCUUAAUCACCAAGCCGACUAAAGAUGUCGUUAUGCAUGUUGGGGGUGAGACGAAUCAAAGUAUUUCACAAUUUACACCACAAGAACAAGCCAUGAGUCAACCAUCUCAGCCUAUCAACAAUGAAAUAGAUGUAAAGAAUAAAGGCAGCUGUGUAAUCUUUCAGAGCUACAGAGAGAAAGUGUUUGAGUUUUCACCCCUUUCAUAGAUUCAUGAUGAUUAUUCAUCAUUUUAUUGUAAAAGAUGGACAUCUUUGUUUUCAAUUUUGGAAAAAAAAAAAAAACACUUAAUACUGUAACCUUUUCAUAGUAGGUCUCUGGUUUGCCCUUAUCGAGUUUGUUACAGUUAAAAAGAAAUUCAAGUACAUGUAUAAUGUGCAUUUAUUUUUAUAGCUUGUCAAUAUUGGUUUUAAAUAAACAAUUGUUUCACUCACCUUUUAUGUAGUUUCUGUAUAUUCUUACUAUGUAUAACUUUAACCUGCAUUCAUCAAAUUAUUUUUGUGCACUCCGUAUUAUUCCAUGAUAUCAAGAGGCACAUUUAAGAAUGCAAUAGGUUAUAAUGUUGUCUAAAGAGUUACUUCUGACUGUGCAGGUUAAGUACAGUUUUCAGUGAAUAGUUUGCACCCCUUUGCUUCAAAAUGGUAAAAGCAAUAAGGCUUUCCAUGUGAGUUUGGUUUGACAGAGGUUUCUUUAUUAUAACAAGUAAAAAAGUAAGUAUGUAAAGUUAUAGAUAAGCAAACACAAUCAUAUUUCUGAAAGUGAUAUAAAUAUAGACCUUUCUUCCACUGUCCCCCAAAGCCUUUUUCAGGUCUCCCGCUGAUUAAUUUGGAUUUUUCCAAAUUUUACUGGCAGUUGUUAUAUUUUUAUUUCUAUUUAUUGUUAUUUCUACUAUUUUUAUUCCACUUUGGGAAUGUUUUUGGCUCUGGAGUCUCUCAAUUUUUAAUCAUGUUUGGCAAAGAUAUCCCUAAACACUUUACAUAUCUUUAUACCUUUAUAUCUUUAUAUGCACUUUAUCAGCUGUGUGAAAAACCUUUCAGCUUGCCAGUAAAAAUAACUGCUGUCAAAGAUUCAGUUGCAGUAAUAUUUAGGCCAUGUUUUAACUUGUUUUGUUUUUGGAAAACAUAUAAACAGAAUUCCAUUUUCUUUUAUGCAAGUACUUUUUUUUUUCGCCCAGUUUCAUGGGA